AUGGAGGUGGACAUUGGAUGGAGACAGCCAGGUCUGGCUUCCUGUGUGAAGCGUUCCACCGAUCGGUCCAAAGCCUGCAGAGAACUGGUGAGUAGAGGCGCACUGCGCUUUUACGCACGACUAGUGGCACUGUGGAGAGGAGCAGAGUGCCAUGCAGACCGUCAGUGUGUGAGCGUGAACAAGAUGCUGCUGCCUGCUCUGCUUCUUGUCCUCUGGGGAGCACCGGCUCGGUGCCUGGAGGAGAAUGGAGCCUUCACUUUUGAUGGAGACAUCCGCCUCUUCACGGUCGCCAACAACACGGUUUACGUCGCCACAGAGGAGACGCUGUACCAGCUGAGCCACGACCUGACGCUGGUCCACAGUCACACCCAGAGAGGGAUCUUGACUGGUAGUUAUCAGACAAAUACUGCGCGUUUUUCCCGGGUUUCUGAGAAGGACAAGGGGAACGCAACUUUCCACGUCAACAUAUUAUUGCCGUUUGUUGAGAAUAAAACUGUGAUCAGCUGCGGUGUGAUCGAGUGUGGUUACUGCGAGGUGCUAGACCUCAACAACAUUUCAAAUGUGCAGUACAGGGAGCACACCCCGGUGGGAUCCCCUUGGCACAACAUCUCGUCCGUCGGCCUCCUGGUCAAUGUGGAGCGGGUCACAAAUACCGAGACUUACAUCCUGGCUGCCACAGAGCGACGCAAAGACAUGUCCACUAAGACCAGCUGUCCUGACCCAGAUGAGGUUAGCAUUCAUAGUACCAAUAACAAACAGUCAGGAGGAAUAUUUUCCGCUGUUGGCUAUUCCCCAAAACCUAAAAUCACAAGUAUAGGCAGUGUGGAGUUUGUGGAUGGAUUUCAGCUCAAUUCAAUCAUUUAUCUUUUGUCCAACGUGCCCUCCAGCGACAAGAGCAACAAAGUCCGUCUCAUCUGGCUCCAGGGCAGAGACAGUAAAACUCAGACCCUCGCAUCGCUGCGGGGUGCGACCCUCAGUAUCUCUGAUGGUGGUGGAGGCAGCAGACUCAUCUCCUCCUCUGUGAUCCCAGGAGGACCACCGGUGCUCUGGAGUGGAGUGUUCAGUGUGGAUGGAGGACCAACCAACACUGAGCUGCUACUGUUUGACAUCAGCCCAGAUCUCACUGGAGCCACUGAUGGAGAUCCUGACUUCUGCCGUAUCUGCCCUGGCAAGACCAAACCUGUGCCAAAGACUCUGAAGCCGAAGACAGUCCUCUUCAGACAGAGCUACAUGACCUCUGUGCUGGCAGUGAGACACAAAGCCUGGAUGGUUUUCUUCAUUGGGACAGGAGAUGGGCAGCUCAUUAAGCUUGCUGUGGACAAGAACUAUGAGACCACCUGUCCCAGGGUGCUCUACAGGGCCAGUGACGACCGCCAGCUGUUUCCCAAAAUGCACCUGGAUCAAGUGGAUCUUAAACAUGUGUACAUGCCAUUUCAAAACCAGAUGAUGCGUGUUCCUGUGUCAAAGUGCAGCACAUACACCAGUGUGCAGGACUGCUGGUCUGCACAGGACCCAUACUGCGUCUGGUGCAGCUCUAAAAGAAGGUGCAUAUUUGAAGACGAGUGCCCAGAUUCAGACUGGAUUUCCAUUCCUGAUGAUUCCCAACAGAAAAUGGUUUCCUACAGUGUUGUGAAGGAAGACACUGGACAGAUCACGCUUAACAUCCAGACACACCUGACUGGCGGCCAGAAGGCGCUGGAUAACUUUGCCUGUCAAUUCUCAUCCACUGCCACUAAGCCUUGUAGCACUGAAAGCCGUCCACAGUUCCCACGAUGCAGCUGCACCCUUUCAAGUAGCACACUUCCUGCUGAAGGCCUGGGUGUCACAGUUAAAAUUAGACUGGAAACAACAUUGUCGGAAGAUCUGAAGCUUUCCAACUGCUCUGACAUAAGGGGACCGCCAUCCUCAGUCCUGUGUCGGCAGUGUAUCAAGGCUGGAUGUGGCUGGAGCUCUAACGGCUGUUCCUGGGCAAAUCAAGGAUUGGGGAAUGACGGCGUUUGCCAAAAAAUGGAGUCAAUGAUGAACUUUUCAAAACCACAGAUCUCCUCCAUAGCUCCCAGUGUUGUGUCAUUCUACGGCAGAAACCAUGCAGUGUUGUCAGGUUCUAACCUCAGAGAUGUGACCAGAGUGAGGAUCCAGGAGGACAUGGACUGCACUCCAAAAGAGUGAGUCAAUAUACAGCAC